UAGGUAGGCGGUGGGCGGAGCCGGGCGCGGUCCUCGCCGAGCCCGUAAAAGCUGCGCAGGAUGGAGCUCCAGCACUGACAUCUGCAGCAAUGGAGCGUCCUCACUUCCCGCUGGCGAUGGGCCUGGCCCUGCUCGCAUUCUGCCUCCUGACUCUAUCCCCGGACGCCCGCGCCGAGCUGCGGAGUCGCAGGACCGGAGAACGCCAGAACCUGUCUCCCAACGACCCGCGGGUGCAGAAGGCCGCGCAGGCAGCUGUGAGCAGCUACAACAUGGGCAGCAACAGCCUCUACUACUUCCGAGAUACCAAAAUCCUCAACGCAGAGUAUCAGCUGGUGGCUGGCCUCAAGUGGUACCUGACUAUGGACUUAGAGAGCACGGAGUGCAGAAAGACCAGAGUCUCUGGGGACCACAUGGAUCUCACCACUUGCCCCCUGGCCGCAGGGGUGCAGCAGGAGAAGCUGCGCUGCCAUUUUGAGGUCCUUGAAGUCCCCUGGGAGAACACCACUCAGCUUCUAAAGCAUAACUGUAUGCAGGUGUAACCCCCCCCCCCUGGGCUGACAAGCAUGGUCCGGAGGCACUGCAGGGCCAUGGGCCUUAUCUGCUGCAAUAAAUUCUUCACACUGCUUCCUGCA